AACAAUUUUAAAAUAAAAUAUAGCAUUUAAAUGUGGCUUAAAUUCGUUUUAGGAUUACUUCUAGCCUAUCUAUACUUUUUUGUAUUCAAUGACAAACAAGAAUCACCUGCAAGAAAAGAAAAAACAUGUAGUGCCGGUUGUGGUGGUGGAAGUGGUAGAAGCAAUCGUAUCGAAAGUAAAUGGUUGAUACCACCAAAUGUAGAGGUACCACAGCCGCCAUCCAUGUCAACGUUGCAUGUCUAUUCGGAUGCUGCUGUGUGUUCGGAUAAAAGUGUCUGCAGUAAUAUUGGCAAAAUGUUGUUACAGCAAGGAGGCAAUGCCAUGGAUGCCGCCAUUGGAACGCUACUCUGCAAUGGCCUGGUGACAAUGCAAAGUAUGGGUUUAGGUGGUGGCGUAAUAAUGACUUAUUAUGAACGAGAAACACAAAAAUCAUUUAGCAUCAUGGGUAGAGAGCGAGCGCCACGUAAUAUUAAAGAAGAAUUACUUAAAGACUAUGAAACUUCCGAAAAUUUGGCUCAAUCUCCAUUGGCGAUUUGUAUACCAGGAGAAGUGGCUGCGUAUUAUGAAGCCCAUAGAAGAUUUGGUUCAUUACCAUGGCAAUAUAUAAUGCAACCCACAACAGAAUUGUGUCAAGAAGGUUAUACGCUAACACGGCAUCAACGUGAUGCCUUGUUCCUGAACGAGCAGAGGGUCCGUAAAGAUCCAUUGCUUCGCUCAAUGUUUGUCAAUCCCACAAAUCAACAAUUUUAUAGGGAAGGAAGUCAUAUUGAUAUACCUCAAGUAUUGUGUUCAACAUAUAAUCUGCUAAUGGAAGAGGGUCCUUCAACAUUUUAUAAUGGCAGCUUGGCGACAUUAAUUGUGGAAGAUUUAAAGGAGAUGGGCUCCGGCAUAACCCUUGAAGAUCUUAAUGAUUAUCGAGCCGAUAUUCGUGAUUCGUUAACAAUUGAAAUUGAUGAUUAUUAUUUACAUGUGCCUUCACCGCCGGCAAGUGGUCAUAUCGUGGCUUUUGUAAUGCAAAUUUUAAAGCAUUUUAAAGAGUCCUUUUUGGGUUUGCCGGAUUUCAGAGCAGUGGAUAUACAUCGUAUUGUAGAAUCAUUGAAAUAUGGUUUUGUCAAGCGCUGGGAUAUUGAUACAGAAGUGGAUGAAGAGAUAUUGAAUAAUCUUUUAUCAUUGGAAUAUGCCAAAAAUAUAUCGCAAGUCCUUAGCGAUGGAAUGACUUUCGAUGAUCCCUCAUAUUAUGGAGCAAAUGUGGAUUUAGUGCAUACACCAGAUUAUGGAACAGCUCAAAUUUCCGUUUUAUCGCCGAACGGCGAUGCAGUAUCCGCUACAAGUUCCACUAAUUAUUAUUUCGGCAGCGGUCGUAUGGGUUCUAGAACGGGCAUCCUGUUCAAUAAUGCCAUGUCAGAUUUCACCGUUGAGGGACUGAGAAAUUAUUUCAAUUUACCAAAUGUGCCAAAUCGCAAUCGUAUAAAACCUCACUCGCAACCAAUGUCUUCCAUGGCUCCCCUCAUUGUUACGCACAAAGAAAGUGGUGAUGUUCGCCUCGUUACUGGAGCGGCAGGUGGUUCUCGUAUCAUCUCCACCUUAGUACAAAUUCUUAUACGUACACUUUGGAUGGAUAAAAAUAUUAAACAGGCUAUCGAUUUUGCCCGGUUUCAUCAUCAAUUGUUACCAAAUAUUUUGGAAUAUGAAUUCGGUAUCUUACAGCAAAUUGUUGAGGAUUUAGAGAGUCGUGGCCAUGCAACGGAAAGGGUGCGUCACAAAAAUACUGCUGUUUGUGGUGUGGAGAAAGUCAAGGGUGCUGUACUGGCCAAUGUGGACUAUCGUAAAGAGGGUGGUGUGGACGGGUUUUAA